ACACACACACACACACACACACACACACACUGAAUGCAGGCUAGUGGAGUGAACAGCAGUGAGACUGUCAGUGUGAGAGAGUGAUAAAGGGAAGACAGCAUGGCUGAAGGAGGAGAAGGAGAAGAAGAGAUUCAGUUUGUACGGACGGAGGAUCAGGUGGUGCUGCAGUGUACAGCCACUAUACUGAAGGAGCAGAUUAAACUCUGCUUGUCCUGUGAGGGAUUUGGAAAUCGACUCUGCUUCCUCGAGACAACAUCUAAUGCUCACAAUGUGCCACCCGAUCUGGCCAUCUGUGUCUUCAUCCUGGAGCAGUCGUUAUCUGUACGAGCUCUACAGGAGAUGCUCUCUCAUACCAGCGAGGAUGUGGAUUUGGAUAAAUGGUCAUCACAAGGCGGAGGCCAUCGGACGCUGCUGUAUGGACACGCCAUCCUGCUCAGACACACACACUCGGGCAUGUAUCUGAGCUGUUUGACAACGUCACGGUCCCUCACAGACAAGCUGGCCUUUGACGUUGGCUUACAGGAAGACUCGACAGGUGAGGCAUGUUGGUGGACGAUCCAUCCUGCUUCUAAGCAAAGGUCAGAGGGUGAGAAGGUCAGAGUGGGUGACGACCUCAUCCUGGUCAGUGUGUCAUCGGAAAGGUACCUGCAUCUGUCCUACGCGAGUGGAGACCUCAUGGUGGACGCCUCCUUCAUGCAGACGCUGUGGAACAUGAACCCAGUGUCCAGUGGAUGUGAGCUGGUUGAAGGGUAUUUGACUGGAGGAUACGUGCUUCGACUCUUCCACGGCCACAUGGAUGAGUGUUUGGCCAUUCCUGCUGCUGACCAAGGGGAGGAGCGCAAAAAUGCCCAUUACGAGGGAGGAGCGGUGUGCAGUCAUGCCAGAUCUCUGUGGAGACUCGAGCCUCUCCGGAUUGGGUGGAGUGGAGGCCAUAUUAAAUGGGGUCAGCCGUUCAGAGUGCGUCACAUCACUACAGGUCGAUAUUUGUGUUUAGAUGAUGAGAAGGGCCUGCUGGUGGUGGAUCCUGAGAAAGCAAACACGAACAGCUCUGCAUUCUGCUUUCGAGCCUCAAAGGAGAAGACAGAAGUGGCUCAGAAGCGUGAUGUGGAAGGGAUGGGCGCUCCAGAGAUAAAGUACGGCGAGUCCAUGUGCUUUGUGCAGCAUGUAGCUACAGGCCUGUGGCUCACCUACGCCUCUGUAGAUGCUAAAUCUGCUCGCCUGGGGCCUGUGAAGCGGAAGGCAAUUCUUCAUCAGGAAGGUCACAUGGAUGACGCUCUGACCGUCGCUCGCUCUCAGACUGAAGAGUCUCAGGCUGCUAGAAUGAUCUACAGCACUGCUGGCCUCUUCACCCAGUUCAUCAAGAGUUUGGACUCUCUGAGUGGGAAGAAUAAAAGUGCUGCUGCUCCUCCUCCAUCUCUCCCACUGGAUUCUGUUGUCCUCUCGCUCCAGGAUCUGAUCUUCUACUUCAGACCUCCAGAGGAGGAGCUGGAGCAUGAGGAGAAACAGAGCAAACUGAGAUCCCUCAAAAAUCGCCAGAACCUGUUUCAGGAAGAGGGGAUGAUCACUCUGGUGUUGGACUGCAUCGAUCGUCUGAAUGUCUACAACACUGCAGCUCAUUUUUCCGAGUUCGCUGGAGAAGAGGCAGCUGAGUCCUGGAAGGAGAUUGUUAACCUGCUCUAUGAGCUGCUGGCAUCUCUGAUUAGAGGGAACAGGGCGAACUGCGCACUCUUCUGUGACAAUCUGGACUGGCUGGUCAGCAAACUGGACCGACUGGAGGCCUCAUCAGGCAUUCUGGAGGUGCUGUACUGCAUUCUCAUCGAAAGCCCUGAGGUGUUAAACAUUAUCCAGGAGAACCACAUCAAGUCCAUCAUCGCUCUGCUGGACAAACAUGGACGCAAUCACAAGGUGUUGGACGUACUCUGCUCGCUGUGUGUGUGUAACGGUGUGGCUGUGAGGUCCAAUCAGAAUCUCAUCACAGAGAAUCUACUUCCACGUCGUGACCUUUUGCUCCAAACACAAAUCAUUAAUUAUGUCACAAGCAUGAGGCCAAACAUCUUCCUGGGGACCUGUGAGGGAUCCACACAGUAUAAGAAGUGGUAUUAUGAGCUGAUCGUGGAUCACGUGGAGCCGUUUUUGACGGCCCAGGUGGGUCACCUGCGGGUGGGCUGGGCGCUGACUGAGGGUUACAGCCCGUACCCUGGUGGAGGAGAGGGCUGGGGCAGUAAUGGUGUAGGAGAUGACCUCUACUCCUACGGCUUUGAUGGCCUCCAUCUGUGGUCAGGGCGCGUCCCUCGACGUGUGGCAUCGCCCAAUCAGCACAUUCUGGCAGCAGAAGAUGUAGUGAGCUGCUGUCUGGAUCUAAGCGUGCCCAGUAUCUCAUUCCGCAUUAACGGGCAUCCUGUUCAGGGCAUGUUCGAGAACUUCAACCUGGACGGCCUCUUCUUCCCUGUCGUUAGCUUCUCCGCUGGAAUCAAGGUCCGGUUCCUCCUGGGUGGACGCCAUGGAGACUUUAAGUUCGUUCCGCCGCCAGGAUACGCUCCGUGCUACGAAGCUGUACUGCCCAAAGACAGACUUCGCAUCGAGCCCAUUAAGGAGUAUAAAAACGACUUGAAUAAUGAUGUGAGGAACCUGCUGGGCCCGACCCAGUCUCUGUCCCACACCGCCUUCACUCCAAAUCCUGUGGACACCGUGCAGAUUGUUCUUCCUCCGCAUCUGGAGCGGAUCAGAGAAAAGCUGGCAGAGAACAGCCACGAGCUCUGGGCCGUGACUCGCAUCGAGCAGGGCUGGACUUACGGAGCUUUCCGUGAUGAUAAUAAAAAGCUGCAUCCGUGUCUGGUGGACUUCCAGAGCCUUCCCGAGCCAGAGAGGAACUACAACCUGGCGAUGUCAGGGGAAACACUCAAAACUCUUCUUGCGCUGGGUUGCCAUGUUGGAAUGGGAGAUGAGAAAGCGGAGGAAAAUUUGAAAAGGAUCAAACUGCCCAAAACCUACAUACAGAGCAACAGCUACAAACCCGCUCCUCUGGACCUGAACCAUGUUAAACUGACCCCUAACCAGAACACGCUGGUGGAGCGACUCGCUGAGAACGGACACAACGUGUGGGCUCGAGACCGAGUGCGCCAGGGCUGGACUUACAGCAUCGUACAGGACAUCGUAAACAAGCGUAACCCCCGCCUGGUGCCGUAUAAUCUCCUGGACGAGAAAACCAAGAAGACGAACAGAGACACCGUGUGCGCUGCAGUUCGAACGUUGAUCGGUUACGGCUACAACAUCGAGCCUCCAGACCAGGAGAGCAGCAGCCAUAUCGGUAAUGGCAGCGGGAAUAAGAUCCGCGUGUUCAGGGCUGAGAAAUCGUACGCUGUGACUCAGGGAAAAUGGUACUUUGAGUUUGAGGCAGUGACAGUGGGGGAGAUGAGGGUCGGCUGGGCCAGACCAAACGUCCACGCUGAUAAAGAACUUGGCGCAGAUGACCUCGCCUAUGUCUUUAACGGCUGCAAGGCUCAGCGUUGGCACGUGGGCAGCGAGCCCUUCGGUCGUCAGUGGCAGCCGGGAGACGUCGUGGGCUGCAUGAUCGAUCUCAGUGAGCUGAACAUCAUGUUCACGCUAAACGGAGAGAUGCUGAUCAGUGACUCCGGCUCCGAGAUGGCUUUCAAAGACAUCGAGAUUGGAGAAGGGUUCAUCCCUGUGUGUAGCCUGGGCCUCUCUCAGGUGGGUCGGAUCAACCUGGGCCAGAACGUCAGCAGCCUGCGGUAUUUUACAAUCUGCGGCCUGCAAGAAGGCUUCGAGCCCUUCGCCAUCAACAUGAAGCGAGACAUCACCUUGUGGUUCAGCAAAAGCCUGCCGCAGUUCAUUCCUGUUUUUACUGACCACACUCACAUCGAGGUGUCCCGUGUGGAUGGCACAGUGGACAGCGCCCCCUGUCUCAAACUGAUCCACAGGACAUUCGGCUCCCAGAACGCCAACACGGACCUGCUCUUCUUCAGGCUGAGCAUGCCCAUCGAGUUCCACGAGUCGUUUAAGGUAGAGGCGGGAGCGACGCCGCUGACGCGACUCACCAUCCCCGAGGACGAGGCCCUGGAGGUCGACCCCAACUCUGAAUAUGAGCUGCUGAAGAAGAGCGCCACCCGCAGGGAGCAGGAGGAGAAAGAAAAGGAACCGUCCGUACCCAAAGAGCUGCCGGGCACCAAGGAGGCGGAGAACGAGAAAGACACCACUACAGAGAAGAGCAAAAAGAGAGGAUUUUUCUCCAAAGCGAAGAAAGCUGCCUUUAUCGCUCCUCCGCCUGUCGUUCCCACUGUCCCUCGCCUGGUGGAGGACGUCGUCCCCGAUGAUCGAGACGAUGUGGACAUUAUUUCCAACACAACUACACAUUACUACUCGGUGCGUAUAUUUGCGGGACAGGAGCCCAGUGGAGUGUGGGUCGGCUGGGUUACUCCUGAUUACCACCAGUACGACCCUCAUUUUGAUAUCAGUAAAGUGAGAAACGUCACAGUCACUGUGGGUGAUGAUAAAGGCAACAUACACCACAGCAUGAAGCGGAGUAACUGUUACAUGGUGUGGGGCGGAGAGUUCAGCGGCUCGCAACAAACACGCAUCACUCAGGAGGACUUUGUCAUUGGCUGCCUCGUGGAUCUGGACACGGGUCUCAUGACCUUCACAGCCAAUGGGAAAGAGGUGAACACGUUCUACCAGGUGGAGCCCAACACCAAACUCUUCCCUGCUGUUUUCUGUUUGCCCUCCAGCCAGAACAUGCUGCAGGUGGAGCUCGGCAAGCUCAAGAAUAUCAUGCCCAUCUCGGCAGCCAUGUUCCGGAGCGAUCGGAGGAAUCCGGUCCCGCAGUGCCCUCCGCGCCUCGAUGUCCAGAUGCUGACGCCGGUGAUCUGGAGCCGCAUGCCGAACCGCUUCCUGUCCCCUGAGACGGGGCGCGUUAGCGAGAGACUCGGCUGGAUGGUGCAGUGCACGGAGCCGCUCACCAUGAUGGCACUACACAUUCCAGAGGAGAACAAGUGUAUUGAUAUCCUGGAGCUUUCGGAGCGUACGGACCUACUGAAGUUUCACCACCACACGCUGAAGCUGUAUGGCUCGGUGUGCGCUCUGGGAAACAACCGCGUGGCCCACGCCCUCUGCAGCCACGUGGACGAGUCUCAGCUCUUCUACGCUAUAGAGAACUCGUACCUGCCCGGCCCGAUCCGCAGCGGCUACUACGACCUGCUCAUCUCCAUGCACCUGGAGUCGGCCAAGAGGAACCGCCUCAUGACUAACCGGGAGUUUAUCGUGCCCAUGACGGACGAGACACGCUCCAUCACGCUGAGGGCUCACACACUCCCCGCCGUGGGACGCUCCACCUGCCUCAGACCCACACUGCACUUCUCACACACCGGCUUUGUGGGCACCAAUGCUGACCUGUACACUCUCAGCCCCUUCGUACCGCUGCAGAUCCUGAAAGACCACGCCCUGAGCAUGCUAACGGAGGCGGUGCAGGACGGAGGCCAGGCCAUGCGUGAUCCUGUAGGGGGCAGCGUGGAGUUCCACUUCGUUCCCAUCCUGAAGCUGAUCAGUACGCUGCUCAUCAUGGGUGUGUUUGAGGACGAAGACGUGAAACACAUCCUCAAACUCAUCGAGCCCACCGUGUUCCGAGAGGACAAAGGCGGUCAAGUGGAGGAGGACAAGAGCGGAGAAGGAGGAGAGCAGCAGCUCGUAUCUAAAGAGGAGGGAGUGGAAGUGAAAGAAAAGGAGGAACGGGUGGAUGGGUGGACUGACGACGAAGGAAUGGGAGAGGAGGAAGAAGAGGAAGAGGAGCUGGAAGAGGAAGAGGAGGAGGAAGACCAGACAGAGCAGGAAGAUGAGGAAGAGCAGCCUGCGCCUGAGAAGGCAGACAAAGAGAAAGCAGAGCGUAAAGGGGCGGAGCCACAGGCUGAGCUGGAGGCCAGGCCUACAGUGGGGAGGGAGGAGCCUAAAGAGGAGGAGGAAGUUGGGGAGGGGCUACUGCAUAUGAAACUACCUGAGUCUGUAAAGUUGCAGAUGUGUACUCUGCUGCAGUAUUUCUGCGACUGUGAGCUGCGUCACCGUGUUGAGGCCAUCGUCGCCUUCUCUGACAGGUUCGUCACUCAGGUUCAGUCGAAUCAGAAGCAGCGUUAUUUCGAGCUCAUGCAGGCCUUCACCAUGACGGCAGCAGAGACAGCUCGCAAGACCAGAGAGUUCCGUUCACCACCACAAGAGCAGAUGAACAUACUGAUGGAUUUUAAGAAUUGUCCGGAUGAAGAGGACCCUCCUGUUCCUGAGGAAGUCCGAGUCGAACUUCAGAUGUUUCACAAUGACCUGCUGGCUCACUGCGGUAUUCACGUCGAGGAACAGGAGGAGGAAGAGCAUGUGGACACAUCUCUGCGUGGACGGUUCUUCAGGUUACUCGAGAAAGUGAAGAGACUACGAAGGAGGAGGCAGGAGACAGAGAUGGAGCCAGAGGAGGAGAAGAAACCCAGCACUUUGCAGGAGCUGAUCUCCCACACGAUGAUCCAUUGGGCUCAGGAGUCGUUCAUCCAGGACCCCGAGCUGGUGCGGCUCAUGUUCAGCCUGCUGCACCGGCAGUAUGACGCUCUGGGAGAGCUGAUCCGCGCUCUACCCAAAGCCUACACCAUCAACGCCGUGUCCAUGCAGGACACCAUGGAGCUGCUCGAGUGUCUUAGCCAGAUCCGCUCGCUUCUCAUCGUCCAGAUGGGUCCUGAGGAGGAGAGGCUCAUGAUCCAGAGCAUCGGAAAUAUAAUGAAUAACAGGGUGUUCUACCAGCAUCCCAAUCUGAUGAGAGCGCUGGGCAUGCACGAGACCGUCAUGGAGGUCAUGGUCAACGUACUCGGGGGCGGAGACUCGAAGGAGAUCCGUUUCCCACGCAUGGUGACCAACUGCUGUCGCUUCCUGUGUUAUUUCUGCCGAAUCAGCCGUCAGAAUCAGCGCUCCAUGUUCGACCACUUGAGUUACCUGCUGCAAAACAGCGGCAUCGGCCUGGGAAUGCGAGGCUCUACACCUCUUGACGUCGCUGCAGCGUCCUGCAUCGAUAACAACGAGCUGGCGCUGGCUCUUCAGGAGCAGGACCUGGAGAAGGUGGUAAAGUAUUUGGCCGGUUGUGGGCUGCAGAGUUGCCCCAUGCUCUUGUCGAAAGGUUACCCUGAUAUCGGCUGGAACCCAUGCGGUGGAGAGAAAUACCUCGACUUCCUCCGAUUCGCCGUCUUUGUUAACGGAGAGAGUGUGGAGGAGAACGCUAACGUGGUGGUACGUCUCCUGAUCAGACGGCCCGAGUGUUUCGGCCCUGCGCUCAGAGGAGAGGGAGGUAAUGGCCUUUUGGCCGCCAUUGAAGAAGCCAUUAAGAUCUCUGAGGAUCCGGCCAGAGAUGGACCCACUGUCAAAAAGGACAGACGCUUCCCUAUGUUUGGAGGAGAAGAGCAACACGAGGAGAGCAGAGUUCACCUGGGAAAUGCCAUCAUGUCCUUCUACGCUGCUCUCAUCGACCUGCUGGGACGCUGCGCUCCUGAAAUGCAUCUGAUCCAGGCAGGGAAAGGAGAAGCUCUGAGGAUCAGGGCUAUUCUCAGAUCUCUGGUUCCCAUUGAGGAUCUCGUAGGUGUUAUUAGUCUUCCACUGCAGAUACCUGCGUUUGGCAAAGAUAACAGUAUCGUUGAGCCAAAGAUGUCUGCCAGUUUUGUCCCGGAUCACAAGGCCCCCAUGGUGCUGUUCCUGGACAGAGUGUAUGGCAUCGAUAAUCAGGAUUUCCUCCUACACGUGCUGGAAGUCGGAUUCCUGCCUGAUAUGCGAGCAGCAGCUUCUCUGGACACGGCUGCGUUCAGUACCACAGAGAUGGCUCUGGCUCUGAACCGCUAUCUCUGUUCGGCCGUUCUCCCUCUCAUCACUAAAUGCGCUCCUCUAUUCGCCGGCACUGACCACCGCGCCAUCAUGAUCGACUCCAUGCUGCACACCAUCUACAGGCUCUCCCGAGGACGCUCGCUCACCAAAGCUCAGAGAGACGUGAUCGAGGAGUGUCUCAUGUCUCUGUGCAAGUAUCUGCGGCCGUCGAUGCUUCAGCACCUUUUGAGAAGACUUGUGUUUGAUGUGCCAAUUCUCAAUGCGUAUGCCAGAAUGCCCCUGAAGUUGCUGACUAAUCAUUACGAGCGCUGCUGGAAGUAUUACUGCCUCCCCAACGGCUGGGCCAACUUCGGUGUGUCAUCAGAGGAAGAGCUUCACCUGACCCGCAAACUCUUCUGGGGGAUCUUCGAAUCUCUGGCGCACAAGAAAUUUGAUGCAGAAUUGUUUAAAAUCGCAAUGCCCUGCAUCUGUGCCAUAGCCGGGGCCAUUCCUCCUGAUUACGUGGAUGCCAGUUACUCUUCCAAAACAGAGAAGAAAGCUUCUGUCGAUGCCGAGGGCAACUUUGAUCCCAAACCGGUGGACACAACCAACACCAUAAUUCCUGAGAAACUGGACGGGUUUAUCAACAGAUAUGCAGAGUACACCCACGAUAAAUGGGCUUUCGAGAAGAUCCAAAACAACUGGACGUUUGGUGAAGUGCUGGAUGAAAAUGCUAAGACUCAUCCUAUGCUCAGACCGUAUAAAACAUUUUCUGAGAAGGAUAAAGAAAUUUACCGCUGGCCCAUUAAAGAGUCCAUAAAGGCCAUGAUAGCCUGGGAGUGGACGCUCGACAAAGCCAGAGAUGGAGACGAAGACAAAGGAGAGAAGAAAGCGGCGCGGAAAAUCUCUCAGACCGCACAGGCGACGUACGACCCGAGCCACGGCUACAACCCUCAGCCUAUAAACAUAUCCGGCAUGACUCUGUCCAGAGAGCUACAGUCCAUGGCAGAGCAGCUGGCCGAGAAUUACCACAACACCUGGGGCCGCAAGAAGAAGAUGGAGCUGCAGGCGAAGGGUGGUGGGACUCACCCUCUGCUCGUUCCCUACGACACGUUAACGGCCAAAGAGAAAGCUCGAGACCGUGAGAAGGCGUACGAGCUGCUCAGAUUCCUCCAGCUGAACGGAUACGCAGUGACGAGAGGGCUGAAGGACAUGGAGAGUGACAUUUCCUCCAUUGAGAAGCGCUUUGCUUAUGGCUUCUUACAGAAACUGCUCAAGUGGAUGGACAUCGCUCAGGAGUUCAUCGCUCACCUCGAGGCGGUGGUCAGCAGCGGUCGUGUGGAGAAAUCACCUCACGAGCAGGAGAUCAAGUUCUUCGCCAAGAUCCUCUUGCCGUUGAUAAAUCAGUACUUUAAAAACCACUGCCUCUAUUUCCUGUCCACUCCCGCUAAAAUCCUGGGCAGCGGCGGCCACGCCUCAAAUAAGGAGAAAGAAAUGAUCGCCAGUAUAUUCUGUAAGAUGUCGGCUCUGGUGAGACACAGAGUUUUUCUCUUCGGCACGGACGCUCCUGCUAUUGUUAACUGUCUCCACAUACUCGCGCGCUCGCUCGAUGCAAGAACGGUGAUGAAAUCAGGACCCGAGAUUGUGAAGGCCGGGUUGAGAUCGUUCUUCGAGAGUGCGGCUGAUGACAUCGAAAAGAUGGUGGAGAACCUCAAACUGGGCAAAGUGUCGAAAGGCAACCAGCCGGUGAAAGGCGUAUCUCAGAAUAUAAACUACACUACGGUGGCCCUGCUGCCGGUCCUCACCUCGCUGUUCGAUCACAUCGCACAGCACCAGUUUGGAGACGACGUCAUACUGGACGACCUGCAGAUGUCCUGCUACAGAAUCAUGUGCAGCAUUUACUCUCUCGGCACCGUCAAAACCCCUCAUGCUGAAAGACACAGGCCUGCUCUGGGAGAGUGUUUAGCUCAUUUAGCUGCAGCGAUGCCUGUGGCUUACCUCGAGCCUCAUCUGAACGAGUUCAAUGCUUUCUCUGUUUACACGACCAAAACCCCCAGAGAGAGAGCCAUCCUGGGUCUGCCUAAUGAGGUGCAGGAGUUGUGUUUGGACAUCCCGGAGUUGGACGUGUUGAUGAGGGAGAUCAGUCACCUGGCUGAAUCAGGCGCUCGCUACACGGAGAUGCCCCAUGUGAUCGAAGUCACCCUGCCCAUGCUGUGUAACUAUCUGCCCCGCUGGUGGGAGAGGGGUGUGGAAAACCACCCCGAGCUAGAGGGCAAACUCUGCACCCACGUCACCUCCGAGCACCUCAACCAGCUGCUGGGCAGCAUCAUGAAGAUCGUCGUCAACAACCUGGGCAUUGACGAGGCUCCCUGGAUGAAGAGACUGGCAGUGUUCUCUCAGCCGAUCGUGAGCAGAGCGAAGCCCGAGAUGCUCAAGUCUCACUUCAUCCCGACGAUGGAGAAGCUGAAGAAGCGCACGGCGAAGGUGGUGGCCGAGGAGGAGCACCUGCGCAUGGAGGGCAAAACGGAGGGGGACGAGGAGGAGGGAACCAUACGGGACGAGUUCGCCGUCCUCUGCAGAGAUUUAUACGCUCUUUACCCUCUACUCAUCCGCUACGUCGACAACAACAGGGCGAGGUGGUUAACCUGCCCUGACCCCGAUGCUGAGGAACUGUUCCGUAUGGUGGGAGAGGUCUUCAUCUUCUGGUCCAAAUCUCAUAACUUUAAGCGUGAGGAGCAGAACUUUGUGGUGAUAAACGAGAUAAACAACAUGUCCUUCCUCACCGCUGAUAGCAAGAGCAAGAUGAGUAAGGCCGGAAACGCUGAGGCUGGCGGCUCUGAUGUAGAACGUACUAAGAAGAAGCGGAGGGGGGAUCGUUACUCUGUGCAGACCUCUCUGAUCGUAGCUGAAGAAGAUGCUCCCCAUCGGACUCAACAUGUGCUCUCCGGCCGAUCACGAGCUCAUUAACCUCGCCAAGUUCCGCUAC